AUGGCUGCUAAUAAUACGGCCAACAUAAGUGUUGACGAUGGCAUUCCGAUGGAUUUCUUAGCCGAAAUGCAUGUGGCCAUGGAUUGUUUGCCGGUGGACGAAGAGGAAGCGAGCCGUAUAAUAGCGGAAAAGCUACGGAAGGAACACCAGGAACGCAAUGCAGAGCGUGUGAGACAGUUUAACAAUGCUUGGAACAUUCAACCGAUAGACUGCAAUGAAACAACGUCGAGACGCGCAGUGCCACACAACAGUUCUGGCGUUAAUGGACCGAUAGAGAAGAUUCCGGUGCGAGAUCCACGGAUCGUUGCUAGAAGCACGCAAUCAUUGCUUGAGGAUUGUGCCAAGCACCGUCCGCCUUAUACCGGGAUCGUACAAUUGCCACCAGCCGCAGAGCAACAGCUUGAUGCAUUAAUUCACGAGCGAGCUUUGGCACGAUUGCAUGCAUCGAACACGCGUGAUAAUAGUGAGGUGAACGAACAGGGUGAACCUCACAUUACGGAACAUUCAAGGGUACCGAAUCGCCAACCACCUGCUUCCGGGCAACAUUCACUCGGAGCUGGACGGACACGUUCGCGGGGCCGUCGAUCUCGGCGCCACUCACGUAGCGCGUCCAGGAGUCCGUCCCAUCGUCGGCGUCGAAAGCAUCCACGUUCCAGGAGCCGACACCGGAGCCCAUCCUACUCCCGCUCACGAUCCAGUUCCUGCAGCUCGGAACAUUCCCACGGCACGGUGGAUUCGCGCGGAAGAUCAUCCCGUAAAAACAAUAUGGAUCCAGCGACCAUGCUGCAAUCGGUAAUGGCAAUGACUAUGCAGAUCUUUAGCCAGGCUGGUACAUUCCUCAAUGGCCAGGCUGGUAAUCCCAUGGCAUUGCCCAAUCGUGUGCCGUAUCCUGCUGUGGAAUCCAUCCCGGGAACGAUGGUGGACGAUGCACUGCGGUUCGCACCUUCUGCCUUUCGCAAUAUGUUUGCAAAUCAAACCGCGAGUACACAAGCGACCCAGCUAGACGAUCGGGCAAAUGUUGGCAGCGAUAUGUCUACAAUUGUCGUUGAGGACGAUGAUCUACCUAAUCACCCAAAGUAUGAUGUGUCGACAGAGUUAUUCCUCGAAGGUAAACUCAGCUUCACCGAUUUCCUUUCCAUGAAGCCAUCCGCCAGAAGUGGCCAGAUUGCCCCUGUCGAUCCGAAAGUUCCUAAGCGAAUCAACGAGGCCAUAACCAUACUGGAGCACCAAGAUGCGAAGAAGCAAUCGGCUCGCUUCCUAUACGUUCCGCCAACCUUUUACGGUAGCGAUACCAACAGCAAAGAGGAACACCAACGUUCUCCACUGAUUUGGAACAAUCAGAACGUGUUGUUUCCAUUUACGUCUCACGCAAAGGAGGCCAAAUUGUGCCAACCAUUUGGAAAUGUAAACGCAAAACUUAAGGAACUAACAGAAAAGCUGGGCCUAGACGAGGGCAUCGUUUCGCAGCAGCUCGAAAAGGUAAUGCAGAGAACUGCUGCUGCCGUGGAACAGAAUACCAACUAUCGGUCCGCACCCGAUGCAUUAUCGUCAUCUUCCCGGAUCCAGGCCAUCACAACAGUGUCGCCCAAGCCCGGUAGUGGCAAAGUGCGACACCUGAUUGAUCGCACUGUACAGACGGACGGGUAUGCCUGUAUGCAGUGUGUCGCACGGAACAACAAAACGUUCAUUACCACAUCCACACAAACCAGCCCUCCCGUCAUGCGGAAAGACUCAGAAGUACAAACGAGCGGUCCACCACUGUCCGGUCCCAACGUCAUCUCGCUGGACGGUUUGAAUGCAACCCAAAUCGAAACGGUCGAUGCGAUCGUACGUUUCAUCCGUACUCGGCAGAUAGCCGGUUCUAUCGAAAGUGUACAGCAUGCGCUACGCAAUGAUCGGGUCACUGCGGCCGGAAUGACUCCAACGAUUCAGCACAAUGCUCAACGGCUGCUGUCGCAGGUGAAAGCAGAUCUGCAGCGUUCCGAACCUAACGCCGACAGCAGUCAGACACACUACGGGAACAUGCAACUACAACAUUCGUCAUCCCAUUUACCGCAGUUUCAGUACGCAUCGUCAAGAGAUCCACGUUUCCAACACCCAGGCAGCGGUAUAACGAGAACGUUCCGCACUACGACCACCACCAUGGCUGAGCAGAUUAUUCCGGCAGGCUAUGAAAGCCAACCGGCGAUGUCCAGAAAAAUGAAGAAAAAAAUGAAACUCCAACAACAGCAGCGUUGGUGA